UAUACAACGGUGAACACAAAUAUGUUAGAAUUCCUCGUGAUUCUUUGUGUGAUUUCGUUGGCACAUGGGUGUUCUCCAAUAACUGAACACGAUCAAACCAAGUAUUGUCGAACUCAGUAUGCUUUCACUGGCACUGUCAUUAGUAAUAAGGAAAACGACAUUGAAGCUGUCUUUAGAAUUCGCGUCAAUUCAAACAUAAAGGAGCGACUGGCGGGUCCUGGUCAGAUUAUCACUGUUUACGGUAGAGGUACUCUGAACUCUUGUGGUCCCACACGGCUGGACAGAAACAAGGAAUAUAUCUUAUAUGUUUCAAUAUAUGAUGCAUCCACUAGAAGACCUGAAAUCAACGAGUUUUACGAAGCCACCGCCACAUAUGUCAACAGAAUCAAUAACUAUGAUUGUUCAUGCGAGGUGGAAAUGAAUCUUCCAUGGCAACCGCGUCCUGACAAUACAACACCAGCUAAGGACAAGUGCGUCAUCACCCAAAACGAAUUUGACUGUUCAUUUGAAAAAGGUUACUGUGCAAGAAGACGCAAUAGAUAUGGUGUUGGGCCAUGUAGAUGGAUUGCCCCAAACAUUGUGUGUCCUGAAAAAUAACAUUCAAAGGUUUUAUGAGAGACAAAUUGUGCAAGAUUUUAUUUUAUAUCAGAUACAAUGAUUUAGCAUUCAUUCAGUGCUGACAAUACUAAUAAAUUGAAGAAACACUUGAAUAGAUC